AUGCAAGUCAUCUUUAAGGACUUUAAGAAGGAGAAGAUCCCGGUGGAAGUUGCACCAGAAGAGACGGUUCUCGACGCUAAGAAGAAGUUGGCGGAGAUCAAAGGUGUUGAGGCUUCACAGUUGAAGUUUGUGUAUUCCGGGAAAGUUCUUCAGGACGAUAAGACCAUCCAGGAGACAAAGAUCAAGGCUGAUGAUCAGGUGAUCUUCAUGAUCUCAAAGGCUGUCAAGAAGGCGACCCCAUCCACACCUGCCCAACCAACAACAACACAAACACCAACUGCUCCAAGAGCUCAGGCACCAGUAGCUCAGGUACCGGCUCAAGAACCAGCGCCUGCUGCUGCUGCUGCUGCUGCUGCUGCUCUGCCAGAACAACAGACACCAUCGAACUCUGCUGCUGUUGAUGCAUCCAGUGCCUCUGCCGAACCACAGAGCUUUGAUGCUUCAACAUUUGCCGUUGGUUCUGCAAGAGAACAAGCCAUUGCAAAUAUCAUGGAGAUGGGCUAUGAAAGAUCACAGGUGGAAGCUGCCCUCAGGGCUGCUUUCAACAAUCCAGAUCGUGCUGUGGAAUACCUCUUGACUGGUAUCCCAGAAUCUGCUCAGGUUCCUGUACAGGGACAACAACAAGCUCAGCAGAGCGGAGAUCAACAAGGCCAGGAAGCAGAACAAGGCGCCUCGGAUGCCCCAACAGCCAUCGAGGAGAUUGUAGAAGAGGAUGUUGUUGUUGGUGAUGCGGAUGCCGAUGAAGAUGACGACGACCAACAUGGCGAUCUGUUUGCUGCUGCUGCUGCCGCAAGUGCUGGGGGCGCAAUUGGCGGUGCUGAUGCUUCAAGUCCAGGAGGUGCUAAUGCUGCCGGAAACAUCGACCUUGGCUCCGCUGAGGGCCUUAGAAGACUUGCACAGGAAUCCCCAGAGGCCCUCGAGGGAUUGCUGACCAUGUUGGCCCAGCAGAAUCCACAGUUGAGCAGUCUUAUCCAACAGCACCCAGAAGAGUUUAUUAGAAUGUUACUCCAAGGCCCAGAAGGGCUGGAAGACGUUGAAGGUGGUGAACUGGCACAACCACAGUUAGGAGAGGGCGAAGAGUUACCACAGAUCACACCAGACGAUGAGAAUGCGAUCAACAGAUUGAUGGAGUUGGGAUUCGACAGAGGAACAGUGGUACAGGUAUACUUUGCUUGCGAUAAGAAUGAGGAGCUUGCUGCGAAUAUCUUGUUUAAUGACCAUGCUUGA